AACUCCCCGUGAGCUGAAAGCCAGACUCAGAAAGCCAAAGGGACUGUGAGGCUUACAGUGGACUAACAGGAAGAUUGACUCAAGCACCGCAACUGAAAGCGUUGGAAAAUGUGUAAAGGAUUAGCUGCCUUACCCCAAACCUGCCUCGAAAGGGCGAAGGAGAUCAAGACAAAAUUGGGAGUUUUGCUGCAGAAGCCAGAAAAUGCCAUCGACCUCAUCAUCCCGUACCCGGAGAAGACUGAGAAGAAGCCGGAGAAGCUGCAGAAGCCGACUCCUGACGAGGCUGCUCAGUGGCGUGAAAGUCUGGACAAAGUCCUGAACAACAGCUUUGGACUGGCUGCUUUCCGCAGCUUCCUGCAGUCAGAGUUCAGUGAUGAGAAUGUUGAGUUUUGGAUUUCCUGCGAGGACUUCAAGAAGACCAAGAACCCAGUGAAGAUGGCCGCCAAGGCCAAGAAGAUCUACGAAGACUUCAUCCAGUCCGAGGGACCCAGAGAGGUGAACAUUGACCACUUCACCAAGGAUGUGACCCUCAGGAACCUGGUGGAUCUCUCCCCUUCCACCUUUGACCUGGCCCAGAAGAGGAUCUACGCCCUGAUGGAGAAAGACUCCUUCGGUCGCUUCCUCCGAUCUGAGCAGUACCUGGAGCUCCUGGUCAACUAAGCCUGAGUGGGAGUUUGAGGAGUUGGGCUGGGGGUGGGGAGGGCGUGGAGGUUUCAAACAGCAGUUAGUUGACAUGGAAAUAAUAAGAAACUACUUUUUUAAUUAAAUAUUUCUAAUAAACUACCAUUGUGUAAGACGGCUUGAGAACCAAAGACUUUUAUUUUACAAAAUACCUAAAACAUGAAGGGAGAGAAAAUUCUUUUUCCAGAUUAGAUUUUGAAUAUAACUGAAGGGAAAUGCUGCCUUUUGAAAUAGCCCUACCUCCCCACCCAACACACACACACACACACACACACACACACUCACACACACACACUCACACACACGCACCCACACAGAUGAACACACGUAUUUCACAUCAAGACAGAUACGGUUUCUAUGAAAACAUAAAACCCAAUCUUGUCAAUUAGGCCACAAACUCACUUCUUCAACUUUUUGAUGCUGGGGGUCACAUUGCAAACUAAAUCAAAAUUAACUUUCAAAAAUUAAAAUUAAAAACUAAAUAUGACCAUUCUCUGGUUUUACCUUAAGAAAAGGUUGAACCCUAAAAUGUAUGGAAAUGUUCUUUUAAAACACUACAGAACAAAGUGUUGCCCCCCCCCCCCCCCGAAACCACAAACAUAACAGUCUCAAAAAGAAAAACGUCACAGCAACAUUUAAUUCCUUUGUGGUUUUCCCAAGAACACUCAAAGAUAUUAGUGCCAUUUUGAGUGCCUGGAAAUGCUAUGACCCAAAACGUUUUCUGUCUGAGAGAAAACCAUUGGGAAAACUCUAAAUAGCAUGACAGCUGGCUGUUUUAAAUCAAUGGAUUUAUUCAAUCAUUUCCAGCAAAGACCAAAUAUUUUGUUUUUCAAAGAAGGUAACCUGUAAUGGAGUGCACCCUCCUCUCGAUGCAUGACUCACGAUUAUUACAUAAAUCAAAUCAAAUUUUCGUCUCUUCCGCUCUCUCACACUCUCUCACAUAUACAGUAAGUUUGGAUUGUCACCAAAGCCCCUUUUGGUUGCGAUGUAUCCUGUGAGAGCCGCCCUUGAGAACAGUGCCGGCUGGUUGGCCCAGUGGUCGAGCUCCUUGGCUACCACUAAACUGCAAGUUGCUAAGAUGGGAAAAUCAAGUAGGAGGGAAUCUCAGAAAAAAGAAGCGAACAGAGCCGUGAUUUUAACAGAGAAGAGUCUGUUUCCCGUGUGACGAUACCAAAGUUGUACUAAAAAGGUCCGAGAUCUGGUUUUAGUGCUAACACACCAGCAAAGAUAAAACACAGGAGACGGAGCUUGCAGGAUUGCGGCACCAGAUAUUGCCAGUAGUGGUUAUUUAGAAUCAUUUUGUUGUGAUAAUCACCAGCAUUGGAGCACAUCACUUUUAGUCUAAAAUAAAACUUUAAAAUCAUGAAGGAAAUUUAAGGAAAUAGCGGCGUUGCUGUCACACACAUAAGCCUAAAAAUAGCCACAGUUGUUAAAUGCAAUAUUUCACUUUUGUUUGCUUGUUAACACUUUCAACCAUAUAUUUCAGUACUACACACUGUAACAAAAUACUGGUAUUCAUCUUACACUAAGCUGAAAUGUGCACGGAUGUGAUGGUGGAUUUGGUGACGGUGUGCAAUGUUUAAGUGUCCUAAAUAUAUAUAUUUAGUCGACUGUAGCAACCAUAAAGUGUGAUCAUAUUUAAUCUUUUAUAUUAAAUAAACGUAUAUAUGUGUCGUAACCAACACCAGAAUAUUGUUAUCCAAAUAUUCAGCAUUUUACAAGUCCUUAUUGUUCCCUAAAAUCCACUUGCUUCACACCAAUCUGAAAUACUAUCAGGAGUGGCAUGUUUUCCAACAUUUCAGCUCACUGAAGUUCUGAAUGUAUAACUGUAUUCCAAGAGCACAGGAAUGACUCACAAAUCAGAAAGAAAAUCUGGGAAAUUUAUUUCUGUUUUAAACAAAAUAGACAAGGAUUCAUUAUGGCACAGAUCGGCCAGUCUGGCGUCAUAGUCUCGAGUGGCAUACAAGCCAACAAUCAUGUCGCAGAAAAAUCAAUAAGGGCUUUAACAGUGCUGAGUAUGCGUAUUAUUUCAUGUAGCCUUGCAUGUACGUUUUGACCACAUAAAAAUAUAUAUGCAUACAA